UAAAGUGCAGCUAAGUGUGACGGAGACUGUGAAAACUAAGUGCUACCGCGAUGCAUUCGAAUUUUAAGUGGCUAGUUGCCGUCAUGGCAAUCGGGGUUUGUCUGGCUCUGCCCGCUGAGGACGAUGCCAAGGCGGAGACCAUCAAACUGGAGAGCGAGAAUACUGGCGACAAAUAUUCCUUUGCCUAUGAAACGAGCAAUGGAAUCUCGCGCACUGAGACGGGCGAGGUGAAGCCAGGUGCAGGCGACGACGACGGCUCACUUUCUGUCCAGGGAUCCACCAGCUGGUCAGCUCCAGAUGGCAAAAAGUACGAGAUUAGCUUCACGGCCGACGAGACCGGCUACCAUCCCAAGUUCAGGCUGGUGGCCUAGGAGAUGUCUGAAAUUCGAAAUGCGCUGAAUAUUCCCAAUAUUUAAUUAUUGACCAUAUUUUAAAAGUUUCCAAGAUAGAAGAGAAUAAAAUAGGCACAAUUUAAAAAAAAUCUUAA